AUGGCCGCUCGCGGGUCGAGGGGGCCCUCGCCCGAGCUGCUCGCCGCGGCGGAGCAGCUCGCGUGGGCCGCGGGCGAGGACCUCCCCCAGGACGUGCGCUGGAGCGAGGAGCGCUGCAGCGGGUUCAUCGCCGGCUGGGUGGCCGCCAACGGGCCCAUGCCGCCCUCGCAGAGCGGGUGGGGCCUGGCGCAGGACCGCCGCGGCGGCCCCGCGCGCCGCGGCGAGCGCUUCGGCGCGCCACCGGCCCCUGCACGCGCGGGCUCGGCGCACCCAGCCGGCGGGGAUGUUCCUGACCUCGUGUGCCGGAACCCAGAGCUCUGGAAACCGUUCGUCAGGUUUGUGGACACGCGGACAGUGAUGCCGUCACCACCCACCGAGAAGCAGCUGGCGUAUGCACAUGCUCUCGCGCAGGACGUCGGCUUCCAGGUGCCGGGCAAGGCGCGCGAAAACGCCAUGGCUUGCAGCGAGCUCAUCAGCGAUUUGGAAGCUGUUCGGAGGCCGCGCCCGCCCACCGAGAAGCAGCUGGCCCUUGCACAUGAGCUCGCGCAGCAGGCAGGCAUCAAGGUGCCGGACGAGGUGCGCGAGGACAUCGCGGCUUGCCGUGAGUUCAUCGAGCGUUUGAAUGCUGCGCGGGAGCCGAGGCCCACCGAGAAGCAGCUGGCCUUUGCCCAGGAGCUCGCGCAGCUGGCAGGCAUCAAGGUGCCGGACGAGGUGCGCGAGGACUUCGCGGCUUGCAGAGAGUUCAUCGAGCGUUUGAAUGCUGCGCGGUGGCCGAGGCGGGGGCCGGGCCCGCCCACCGAGAAGCAGCUGGCCUUUGCACAUGAGCUCGCGCAGCAGGCAGACAUCAAGGUGCCGGACGAGGUGCGCGAGGACUUCGCGGCUUGCAGUGAGUUCCUCGACAGGUUGAAAGCUGCGCGGUGGCCGAGGCCCACCGAGAAGCAGCUGGCCUUUGCACAGGAGCUCGCGCAGCAGGCAGGCAUCAAGGUGCCGGACGAGGUGCGCGAGGACUUCGCGGCUUGCAGUGAGUUCAUCGAGCGUUUGAAUGCUGCGCGGGAGCCGAGGCCCACCGAGAAGCAGCUGGCCUUUGCCCAGGAGCUCGCGCAGCUGGCAGGCAUCAAGGUGCCGGACGAGGUGCGCGAGGACUUCGCGGCUUGCAGAGAGUUCAUCGAGCGUUUGAAUGCUGCGCGGUGGCCGAGGCGGGGGCCGGGCCCGCCCACCGAGAAGCAGCUGUGAGUUCCUCGACAGGUUGAAAGCUGCGCAGGGGCCGAAUGCUGCGCGGGCGGCACCGCUGUCGCCUUUCGUGCAGAAGCUUGCGCGCGGCGUGGGCCUGGAGCCGGC